CGGUCUAUCCAGCAUUGUCAGUUCAGUGAAUUGCAUUGUAUGAGUUAGGUGUGUCCAUAUUAUUGCUCUUCUGGGGGGCACCGAGAGACCAAGAAUCGAACAUCAGAAGGUACCAUCAUCAUCGAUCAAGCAGAAGAUCGUUUUCUGGACCAGUCUUCCAAUUGGUUUGCGGUCUGCGCUCAGGAGGGACGGAGGUAGUUUCGUUCACUACGUUUUCGAUUUUUUUUUGUUCGUCCGUUGGUCGCCGCCGGUGCAUUGUGUGUGUGAAUUCGACCCAUGUUUUCUUCACGAUUUGGGUGCUCCGCUGCUGCCGUCGAUUACGACGAGCCGCGAUCAAUCAUGGAUUAAAGAUCUAAUUGUUUUCUAAAAUCGAAGCGAACCGCAAUAAGACAGCAAAAAUUUGUAACAAAAAAAAUAAACAAACAAACAAACUGAAAGACCUAGAAAACAAAACAGUUGAAAAAUUCGCAGUGUGUCAAAAAGUGUGAAACGGACAGAUUCCAAGAAAGGUAUUUUUGCAGAGUAUAUAUUCGGUGCGAAGAACAAUAGCAGUUUGCAGAACAGGAUGCUGGGGGACAGGAAUUCGCAACGAUUGGGCCUUCUGGCCCUCACCGAAGCCCAAUUGAACGAGAUCAUUUCGAACAGACCCAUCGGGGACUUCUACAAUGUGGAACACACGGUUUUCGCCAGGGGGAAAUUUGCGAACGUCAGGAAGGCGACGCACAAAUUAACCGGAGUGAGUUACGCGGCAAAGUACAUAAAGAAACGCAGAGGUUCGACGUACUUACUGCCCGAGAUCCACCACGAGAUAGCAGUCCUGAGGAUGUGCGAGGCGAACGAUCGCAUCGUGCGAAUGCACGAAGUGUACGAAACCACGACGGAGGUGAUCCUCGUGCUGGAGUUGGCCGCCGGCGGCGAGCUGCAGCACAUCUUCGAUAGAGAGGAGUGCCUCACCGAGCCAGAUGCGCGCAAGGUGCUGAAGCAGAUCCUCGACGGCUUAUCCUUCCUCCACGACCACCACAUCGCCCAUCUCGACCUUAAACCGCAGAACCUUCUGCUCAGCACCGACGCGGAGUCCUUCGACGAUGUCAAGCUGUGCGACUUCGGAGUAUCGAAAAUCCUCGAGCCAGGCUCACAAGUACAAGCCAUUUUAGGUACAACGGAUUAUGUGUCGCCCGAGAUUUUACGGUACGAUCCGAUCACGCUGAAAGCGGACAUCUGGUCCGUGGGUGUCCUCUCCUACGUCCUCCUCACUGGCUUCACCCCCUUCAGCGCAGACGACAAACAACAGACCUACCUCAAUAUCAGCCAAGGCGACGUCACCUUUGAGGAGGAACUCUUUCAAAACAUUUCCAGCAGCGCGAUCGACUUUAUCAGAUGCACCCUCGUGCUGGACCCAACGAAGAGGCCGUCAGUUAAAGAGCUGCUUCAACACAACUGGUUGACGCCCAGACUGUCCAUGACGAGGACGAUUCUGACCCAGAUCAAAACGGAGCCCAACAACCAGCAGCAGAUUGUCGCCAGAUGCAACGGGACAACGGUGACGGCGUCCCCGACGCCCGCUGUGCCCCCCCAAUCCUCUGACUGCUGCGUCGUCUCCAAGCAACCCCAGCCCCAGUCGCAGCAACAACGUAAGAGCUUCGAACCAUCCCCCUUCGGUGACGGCACACCAUUACGAUCAUUUGCCAACUGUAUGUGCGCACAAUGCGGUACUACAUGCAGACACCUGCCGCACAACACGGUCUCAAAGACCACCAUCACCAUCGACCGCGGCAUCCUUUGCUAGUAGUACCCAACCAUCAGUACACACCCCCCCCCAACAACACACAUACACAGCCUAUACAUACAAUGUAGCGUUCUGUACCGUUCGUCCGCCGCUUUAUCCGUUUUGUUUCGCUUAAAGAGACCCUCGAACAAAACGGAACGAGAUACUGAACAUUUGUUAUUGUGUAAUAUUUGUGUUGUCCGUCGUGACAGUGACCGUGUUUACCACCAUCCCCACGUCCACAUCCUCCGCCACGUUUCGUUCCGCACCUACCCUCAUCAUAUGAUUACUUGUUGAAUUUAUCUCUCUCUCUCUUUGUCUGUGUGUUUUUCUGAAACUCUCCAAGAGAAGACUUGUAUUGUUAGAAAACAAAAAAAUUAUAUAUAUAUAAAAAAUAUGAAAUAAUAAUAAUGACAAUUGAAGCAAGCAGCCAUCCACAAAAAGGAAAAGCAAAAACGAAAAGGAUCCGAAACCAAACCUGUGCCUUCUUGUUGAAAAUUUUCAAAAUUUAUAUAAAAAAAAUGUAUAUACAAAAAAGCGUACGUACGAUUUUCAUCUAAGAAAUUAUAUUGUUACAUAUUGAUGUCGGUAAUCAAACUUGUUUUACGCAAUUAAACUCGGUUAGAAAAUUUUACUUGAUUACCGAUAAAAUAUCCGUAUUGUUCCAUACCUGCAUUACAUACACAAACAACCCAAUUUACUUUUUAAUUAUUUUACAACUAUAUUUUUUCUCGUUUUUUUUUUCGUUACUCCGGUAAUAAUUA